UAAUUAACUAUAUAAAUAGACACAUAAGUACACAAUGUUUUAAUUAACUAUAUAAAAAUAACAGGAAUAAUAGAGAGAAUUUAGUUUCUUUAUUGUUUUGUUUUUGCCAACCUCCAUUAAAAACCCUCAGAAGAAAGAAGCUGUUAAUCAAAUGCUUAAAUAAAACAGGUUUAAUUCACAGAAGGUCAUCCCAAUACCUGAGGUUACACACUCCGAUGCAGUAGGUGGCGUUGUGCACCUUUACCGCUGGUCUGCAGUCCGCCAUUAAACCGAGGCAGCAGUUUGGACCUGUGUCGGGCUGAACGCAGCAGUGAUGGAGCAGCUGUUAUUAUAAAGGUGUUGGUGGAAACACAGAAAUGAUCUCCUCAACAGUCUGACCCGAAGAGAAACAGCGCAGACGGACCAGAGCUGCAGAUGGAGAAUGGAGACGUGGGUCACAUGAUGGGGGAGCCAGUGACUCUGAAUGUGGGCGGCUGCGUGUACAGCACGUCUCUGUCCACGCUGCAGCGCUACCCAGAAUCCAUGCUCGGAGCCAUGUUCAGAGGAGACCUCCCCACUGUCAGGGACGUUCACGGAAACUACUUCAUUGACCGUGACGGCCCGCUGUUUCGCUACAUCCUCAACUUCCUGCGGACGUCAGAACUUACGCUGCCGUGCGACUUCAAGGAGACUCAGCUGCUCAGGAAGGAGGCUGACUUCUAUCAGAUCGAGCCCCUGAUCCAGUGCCUGGGAGACCCCAAACCCCUGCUGCCCUACCCCACUGACACCUACGAGGAGGUGGUGGAGCUGUCCAGCACCAGGAAGCUGUCCAAGUACUCCAACCCCGUCGCAGUCAUCAUCACCCAGCUCACCAUCACCACCAAGGUCCAUGCAGUGUUGGAGUCUAUCUCGCGCAGUUUCACAAAGUGGAACAAACACAUGAUGGACACCAGAGACUACCAGGUGUCCUUCACCUUCGGACCAUGUGACCACCAACAGGAAGUCAGCCUGCGUGUCCACCUGCUCGACUUCAUCUCCAAAGCUGGCUUCACAAUUCGCAACACUCGUGUUCACCACAUGAGCGAACGGGCAAAUGAGAACACAGUUGAACAUCACUGGACGUUCUGCAGAAGAGCUCACAAAGUCGACGACUGAAGGAUGAACUGAUGAAUGGACAGACAGACAGAAGAUGUGAUCAGUUGUCUGCAGACAGACAGGCAGGCAGAGUUUUUUUGGUGGUUUUGUUGUUUACGUAUUAAUGUUUUGUUGAUCUCUCUCUCUCUGUCUCCUCAAAGCUAAAGGCCAGGUUACUGAAAGGCUAGCACAUUAGCUCCAUGUGAGACAUAUAGUACGAUAUAAUUUACUUCAUACACUAAAUGGCCAGAAGUAUGUGGACGGGCCUCUAAUCUUAAUGCUACAGCACACAAUUCACUUUUAGGAAAGAGUGUACUUCCAACUUCAUGUCAGCAGUUUGUGAAAGACCCUUUUACUGUUUCAACAUGGCAGUGUCCCCAAGCACAACGUCAUAAAGAAAUGGUUUUCCCAGUUUGGUGUGAAAGAACUUGACUGGUUUGUACAGAGCUCUGACCUGAACCCCAUCCAACAUGUUUGAGGUCAACCAAACAUCAGUGUUGGACCUCACUAAUGCUCUUGUGGCUGAAUGGGAACAAAUCCCUGCAAUCACAUGUUCAACUAUUACAUAUAGCUGCAAUUGGGUGAAAUUAUGUCCUCAUAUUUUUCGCCACAUAGUGUAUGGUACCGUGGUUACAUAUCUGGCACAAAUCUGUUGUACAUCAGUGAUGAAGAAUUAAUAUUAAUUGCAAAUAAAACUACAUGGAAAAUGA